AUGGUGACUUUGUUUCAUGACAUGAUGCAUAAGAAAAUUGAAGUCUAUGUUGAUGAUAUGAUUGCAAAAUCUAGAACUGAAGAAGAACAUGUUCGAGUCUUGAGAAAAUUAUUUUUAAGAUUGAGAAAAUUUCAGUUCAAGCUCAACCCAACAAAAUGCACAUUUGGAGCCAGAUUAGGGAAGUUAUUAGGCUUCAUAGUCAGCAAGAAGGGGAUUGAGGUUGAUCCAGAUAAAGUUAAGGAAAUACGAGAUCUACCUCCUCCACACACUCAAAAGGAAGUCCAAGGUUUUCCAGGAAGACUGAAUUAUUUUGCUCGGUUCAUUUCACAACUGACUGAGAAAUGUGAUCUAGUAUUUCGUCGUUUGAAGAAACAUAAUCCAGGUGAAUGGGAUGAGGAAUUUCAGAGAGCUUUUGAUAAGAUAAAGCAAUACCUGGCUAAUACUCUAGUACUAUCACCGCCUAGUCCAGAUAGGCCAUUGAUACUGUAUCUAACGGUGUUUGACAGUUCCAUGGGAUGCGUAUUGGGCCAACACGAUGAGACGGCGAAGAAGGAAAGGGCAAUAUACUCUCUCAGCAAGAAAUUCACUGAUUGUGAAAUGAGAUGGAAAAUUCUACUAUCUGAAUUUGACAUAGUAUAUGUAAGUCAGAAGGCUAUAAAAGGAAGUGCAAUAGCUGAUUUUCUAGCCAGCAGAGCCUUGGAAGACUAUGAGUCUUUGAACUUCGAUUUUCCAAAUGAGGACUUAAUGUAUGUGGCAAACACUGCAGAAAACCCCCAAAUGGAUCACAUAUGGAAGUUAAAUUUUGAUGGAGCUUCAAACGUUAUGGAUAAUGGAAUUGGGACAGUCUUGAUAUCCCCAAGUGGAGAUCAUUAUCCUGUUGGUAGCAAAUUGGACUUUGAUUACACAAACAACAUGACAAAAUAUGAAGCAUGUAUUAUGGGUAUUCGUGCAGCUAUUGAACAUAAAAUCAAAGUACUAAAAGUAUAUGGGGAUUCCGCAUUGGUGAUAUACCAACUCAAAGAAGAAUGGAAAACUAGAGACCCUAAGUUGAUCAAUUAUAGAAAGUCGGUUCUUGAAUUGAUUGAUGAGUUUGACGAAAUCACUUUCUAUUACCUCCCACGAGAUGAAAACCAAAUGGCUAAUGCAUUGGCUACUCUAGCUUCGAUGAUUCAGGUGAACAGGUUAGAGAAUCAGGAGUACCCUAAUCAAGCGAUAGAGAAUGACAAGAGAAGAUUGAGAAGAAUAGUCAUUGAAUAUGUCUUAGAUGGGGAAAUGCUGUACAAAAGAGGGAAGGAUCAAGUGCUGUUAAGGUGUGUAGAUGCUGUGGAGGCUAGAAAGAUCCUGGAAGAAGUCCAUGAGGGCAUUUGCGGAACUCAUGCAAAUGACUACCGAACAGCUGUUAGGACCUCUACUGGGGCAACACCCUUUUCUCUAGUUUAUGGGAUGGAAGCCGUUUUACCCAUUAAAGUGGAAAUUCCUUCCCUUCGAGUAUUAGCUGAAUUAAAAUUGGAUGAAGCAGAAUGGGUUCAGUCUCGAUACGACCAGUUGAACUUAAUAGAAGGGAAAAUGUUAAAAGCCAUUCAACAUAGUCAUAUGUAUCAAAAACGGAUGAUGCGAGCCUAUAACAAAAAGGAAAGGAUUGAGAAAAGGCCAGAUUUCUUCACUUUUGAGUUACAGCUGGAGAAUGAGGGUACACCUUUCCGCAUCCCAGUGGAUUGA